CGGCCUUCCCUGGAACGUUCUUCCCGUGCUGCUGCCUUCAAUCUGUCAUUCUCUAACUCCCCAUAGAUAAAUUUGUCGCUGCCCAUUACAUCGUCCACCACCAACUUGCCCCCCCCCAAAUUUAUCAUCAACGACGCUCUCCCCAAGGAAAGACCAUCGAUCGGUGAUCGGUUUGAGCGGUUUCGGUGGGAGAGCAAGAUGAUUCAGCUGUUGUUUGCGCUGCUGUCGGCGGAGGUGGGGAUGGUGGUGGUGCUGCUGUUCAAGACGCCGCUGCGGAAGCUGGCCAUCCUGGGGCUGGACCGCCUCAAGCGCGGGCGCGGGCCCGUCAUGGUCAAGACCGUGGCCGGCACCGUCCUCGUCGUCCUGGCUUCCAGCGUCUACAGCAUGCUCAAGAUCCGCGACCGCUCUGCCGAGACUGGCUUUCUCACGCCCACCGAUCAGGUCCUCAUGAGCCAGAACCUCCUCGAGGCCUCCCUCAUGGGAUAUUCUCUAUUCCUUGCACUGAUAAUUGACCGACUGCACCAUUAUAUUAGAGAACUGCGGGGUUUAAGAAAGAGCAUGGAGGCUGUAAUGAAACAAAACAGGGCCUUAGAAGAAACAAAGAAUGGGGGUUCAGAUGACUUAAAAUCACGAGACAAGGAGACCACCGAUUUGAAUGAACAGAUCAAACAGCUGAAACUGGAGUUAGAUGCGAUAAGUAAGGAGGCAAAGGCAGCAGAAGCCAAUGCAACAGCUCUAGGUAAACAAUCUGAAGGGCUUCUUCAAGAAUAUGACCGCCUUUUGGAGGACAACAAGAAUCUUCGAAACCAAUUGCAGUCAAUUGAUCUCAGGUUGUCACAUUCUGAUAGCAAGAAGAACCCUUGAGAUUAUCAUGAAAUGUUUUGCUGUUGGGUUGAAAACUUAAUUUUCCUGAAAGAACCAUCCUUUUACAUUUUUUAUUGGAUAUGGUGUCUAAAGAUAUGGUGUCAAUCCUUUGAUGAGUCAUAUGAGUCACUGCAAAACAAUGCAUGAUCUGAUCUUAUGAUCUAGCAAUUGACAUGUAUGGUUAGGGGUGUUAAAAAUGAGUACAGCAAGGUUCUAUACAAAAAUAGCUCUAAACUAGCUCUCGAUGAAUUGCCUAC